UAAUCUCUAUUAAACUUUCUUAGCGAUCUGGCUACACGGUGAGAGCAGGUUUCAGGAUGGGAUUUUAGAACCACACACUGUAAAGAAUAAACAUGGGACAAACUCAGCACAUUGAGAAAACCGAACAUGCAGAGAUUGACGUCAUUACACUUCAGGACAUGUAUAAAAAGUUUGUGACUGAGUGCCCAAGCGGCCUUUUGUUUUUGCAUGAAUUUAAGAAGUUUUUCGGAGUGGGACCCUCUGGGGAAGCAUCCGAGUACGCAGAGAAUAUGUUUCGCGCCUUUGACAAGAAUGGGGACAACACUAUUGACUUCUUGGAGUUUGUGGCUGCUCUGAAUUUGGUGUUCAGGGGAGAUUUAGAGCACAAGCUGAGAUGGUCAUUCAAAGUGUACGACAAGGAUGGCAACGGUUUUAUAGACAAAGCUGAACUCAGAGCGAUUGUUGAAAUUAUAUAUCGUGUCAGGAAAGUAGGCAGGAAAGGUCCAGAUGUGUCCCUUGAUGAAAUCUGUGAAAGAAUCUUCAAAGUGGUAGAUGUGAAUAGAGAUGGUCAGAUUACACUGGAGGAGUUUUUAGCAGGGGCUCAGAAAGAUCCAUGGAUUCUUAACAUGUUGCGUUUAGACAUGAACCCGUAUAGUUGGGUGGCGGAACAGAGGAGGAAAAGUGCUCAUUUCUGAGAUGAAAAUGUCUCUACAGGAAAUCCUGAAUAUUCCGACAUCAGUUGUAUUGUACUAGAUUCAUUUUUCCCCACAGAUACUAUAUGUUUGAUAACAAAAUUGUUUUUAAUGGAUUGUCUUAAUCAAGCACUUACUAUAUAUUCAGUGCCUGUUCAGUAUAGCUAUA